GCUGUAUAGCUUUUUGUACGUCUAUCAUUUGUUGUUCCCUCGUGCCUUCGACUGCUGGAUUUGGUGGCAUGCGCUUGUAUUUGGGCAAGUGAUGUGAUGCUGCGUUCAGAUAUUAUUUUCCCAAUUAGUUCAAGUGAUAAUCAAAAUAAGAUGGCCGCUACAAUGGAACGCAUUCAAGUUCUUGAUUCUAUAGAAAAAGAUAUAGUAACUUGCUUACAUAGUGCUGGUAAAGUCUUUGUAGAGCUGAGUAAAGAGAAAUCAAGCCUCAAACAAGCUGAAAACCAUACUCAAAGGUUUUUGAAAACACUUAGUACAGUGGAAAAUGAACUCACAGAUCAAAUAAAUUAUCUUACACAAGUAUCUACUGGACAACCACAUGAGGGGUCAGGCUAUGCAUCUCAGAAGGUGUUUCAAAUGGCCAAGCAUAGACUAGACCAUGCAAGAUCUAUGGUGAAUGAGUUAGAAAGGUACAAAAUCAAACAUCUCCAAGGGAGAAAUUUACAGAUACAGCCAGGAGGUGCUCAAAUGCCCAAUGUGGGUGAUUCUAAUAUUCAUCCGGGUUCAUCCACUUAAUUUGCCUGCAGAUGUAAUUUCAAGGUUAAAAUUUUGUAAGCUAUCCUGAAAUACAUUGUAGACAGGUUAAUUUCACUUACUAAUUAGUUUUAUUGAAAAUAAAAAAGUUAAAACUGUAA